UGCGCCGCGCCUUUUCGCCUCCACUUCAAAGCGCCCGGGUGCCUCCACACCACAGAGCGGCGACGAGGGGCGAAGGAGGAGAAAGGAGGACUAAGUUUCUGCUCAGGGCGCUGGAACCGGGCAGACGCAGGAUGAUUGCCCAUGGAGUAUAUCGUAACUGCGCUACAGGAUUUCAUGAAAUCUUAUUAAAAUGUAAGGUUUCUCUCUCUCUUUUUUUCCUGCAUUUGUUUCUGGCUUCUUCUGGCAAAGCUGAGAAUAAUUUCUUAGGAAAUUACAGAGCUGUGUUUAAUACCUCAUGUGAAGAAGUAUGGACUUUGUCACCUGCAACGUCUGUGCCUGCCCUAAUGAACUUCACAUUCUGCAUUCAUCUUAAACUAUAUGACCCAAAAAACGAUUGGACAGCAUUCGUCUACAAAAAAGAACCAGACUGCAAUCUGCCAGUGUCAGAUUGUUAUGAAAUUGGGCUUUCAGGAGGACAAGGCAAAUUGACUGUUUGGCUAUUUGGUGAAAAUAUAACCUGGGAAGAGAAACUGGAUGAGGACACCUGGUACCAGGUAUGCACAGGAUGGCGAAGUGAACCGCAGCAAGUGAAUAUAUAUAUAAAUGGUACAGAAAAAAUAAAUGAAAAAAUAAAUAUAACUCGGCCACUUGCUGCAGGUGGGCAGCUUUUACUUGGUUGCUCACAGAAGCCUGGCACACCCUCAAAUUCUUCAAAUGGAAUGGUUGGUGAACUGUAUUUGUUCAGAAUGUGGCCUAAAGGAGAAGUAUUCCGUACUCAAAAUUGCCAAGAUGGCGCCACUGUUCGCUGGAGGAAGGAUCACUGGGUCUAUAAUAAGACAGCACUGUACAGCAACUCUUUGCCAUGUGGCAAUGCUGGCCGUAUCUCACCAAAAUUUGGAAAAGCUCCAGGAAGUACACCAGAUGCAUCUUCAGAGGAAGCUCUGAAUACUGAAGACAGAACAAUAUACACUGGAAACACAGCUAUGUCAACUUCUACAACUGUGGUUGACAAUCAUGCAUGCAACUUAUCAUCUAUCUGCCAAGACUCAGUCUUCUACAUGGGCACUAUGAAAUUUCAGUCCAGGGGAAACAGCUCUAAUGCUUUCUAUAACUUAACACUCCAAUAUCCUGGGGACAGCACCAGUCAGUACCAAUUGCAAGAUACUUCACCAGUACUAAAAGUACCAAACAUUUCCGAUUUCAACCAAACCCUUCAGAGCAUAAGUGAGUCAUCCAUCAUACAGUGUCACGAAGUAAUCCAAAGAUCAGAGUGCAGUUUCACAAUAAAGGUGAAGAAAAACAUGGAUAUAAGCAGCAUAUUGUCAAAAUUGGAAGGGAAAGCAGAACUUAGCCUAAUAGAGUUGUGCUGUUGUCCAGCUUUUUGGCCUGACUCUUGUCCCUCAACUGUUGAAGAGCUAAAACCACUGAAAUGUGGUAUUUAUGGAACACUUCCUUGCACAAGCCCUAGAUCUCCUGACACAUCCGUUUUACCUGUUAUUCCUUCCACUAUGCCUUCUGAUGUUGUGACUCUGCAUGGGUAUCCUUCCUCUGAAUCAACCACUGCUUCACCUCCACCUUUGACUAAGCCAACCAUUGUUUCACCUCCACCUUUGACUGAGCUUACAACAAAUGACCUUGCUACAAAUACGGUUCUUCCUCUCACUGAACAAAACAGCGUUGUGCUUCCUUCUACAACUCCUACCAGUGCAGUUCUUCCUCCUUUUGAAACAACUAAUCCAGUCUUUACAACAGUGCAUUCCACAAUGGAUGCAGUACCUCAGACUACUUCCAAACCUACAGUAGCAGUUUCCCCAGCCACCUCAACUCCCAUGACCACUACUUUGGAUAUUCUUUCCACUACUGAAACAGAUGGAAGUCCGAGAACAGUCAGCAAAGAACCAGUGUUCCACAACAAGACCAACAUUGCCAACAGUACCGAUUUCGAGAACAUAGUUUCUGAACUGGAGCACAAUUUGACUGCACAAACAAUAUCACCUGUGCUUGCAAAAGCAAUGUUAAACACUGUUAAUUUUCUUCUAAAUAUUUCCGCAAAACAUAUAUCUCCAUUGUCUAAAAGAAUAAUAAAAAUAGUGGAUGGAAUUGGCUUAAAAUUGAGCUUCCCGGCAGAAUCCAUUAAUUUAAGCUUCCCUUCUCUGGCUCUGGCUGUGCAGAAAGUCAACAGCACCUCAUUUAAUGGAGUUUCUUUUGCUGUUGAAGAUUCUCCACACCUUCAGGUUGCUCUUGGAUCUGAAGUGCCUACAAAAAGUGCUGGAUCCAUUAUGCUUCCAUCAUCAGUCAUGACAAAUUUGUCACCAGAAGCUCAGCAUCAGGCUUCUAGAAUUACCUUCAACUUUUUUGAGAAGACAACUCUUUUCCAGGAUCCCUCACUGGACAAUUUGUCCCUGAUCAGUCAUGUUAUAUCAUCAAGCGUUGCUAACCUCACAAUUAGCGACUUGAAGACAAAUGUUACUGUCACACUACAAAAUGCCAGCCCUACUCAGGGGAAUUUUGUCAGAUGUGCCUUCUGGGACUUCAGUAAAAAUGGUGGCAAAGGAGGCUGGUCCUAUGAUGGCUGUGUAGUUAAAGAGAGAAGAACAAAUGCAACCGUCUGCAGCUGCAACCAUCUCACAAGCUUUGGAGUUUUACUGGAUUUAUCAAGAAACACCACUACUAUAUCUCCCACACAAAGGCUGAUUCUAACUUUCAUCACGUACAUAGGCUGUGGCCUUUCAGCCAUUUUUCUUUCUGUUACUCUUGUUACAUACAUUGCAUUUGAGAAAAUCCGAAGAGAUUAUCCUUCUAAAAUCCUCAUUCAGUUGUGUGUUGCUUUGCUUCUUCUGAACCUGGUUUUUCUCCUGAACUCCUGGAUUGCUUUGUAUAAGAACGAAGGCCUGUGCAUCUCAGUUGCUGUAUUUCUUCAUUAUUUCCUUUUGGUUUCUUUCACUUGGAUGGGCCUCGAAGCCUUUCACAUGUAUCUGGCCCUUGUCAAAGUGUUCAAUACUUACGUUAGGAAAUACAUCCUAAAGUUCUGCAUUGUUGGCUGGGGGGUACCAGCAAUUAUAGUAGCCAUUGUACUGAUAAUAUCUCGAGAUAACUAUGGACUUGGCUUUUAUGGAAAGUUUCCCAACGACUCAAAUGAUGAAUUUUGCUGGAUUAAAAAUGAUAUUGUGUUUUACAUCACGGUUGUGGGAUACUUCUGCACAAUAUUCUUGUUGAAUAUCAGCAUGUUCAUAGUAGUGCUGAUUCAGCUUUGCAGAAUCAAAAAGAAGAAGCAACUUGGUGCCCAGCGAAAAACCAGCAUCCAGGAUCUCAGGAGUGUUGCUGGCCUCACGUUCCUACUGGGAAUUACUUGGGGAUUUGCCUUUUUUGCAUGGGGUCCUGUAAAUCUUGCAUUUAUGUAUCUCUUUGCCAUCUUUAACACCUUGCAAGGUUUUUUCAUUUUUAUUUUCUACUGUGUAGCGAAAGAGAAUGUCCGCAAGCAGUGGAGAAGGUAUCUGUGUUGUGGAAAGUACAGACUGGCUGAAAAUUCUGAUUGGAGUAGAACUGCUACAAAUGGAUUAAAGAAGCAGAAUGUUAACCAGGCAGUAUCCACUUCCUCCCAUUCUUUGCAAUCAAACAGUAACUCCACUAAUUCCACCUCAAUGCUCAUGAAUAAUGAUUACUCAGCGCAAGCAAAUGGGAAUGGCAAUGUCUCCAGUGAGAGGAACGGCGUUUCUUUCAACGUGCAGAAUGGCGAUGUCCGACUUCCUGACUUUUCAGGGAAACAGCUCAUGUUUCAAGAGAACCAUGACACAGGCCCUAAGAAAUCUUGCAUUUCACUUCGAAGGACUUCAAAGAGAGGGAGCCUGCAUUUUAUUGAACCGAUGUGACAUUAUUAAAAGUUGCUAUUGUUUCACACAGUGACAUAUAGGUUUAUUUUAACCGUUUUACAUAAUGUGAGAAGACUACCCCCCCCGCCCCAGAAAAGGACAUUAUUUAAUAUAUAAUAGCAAAGCUUCAAGGCAGCCUCCGAUGGUCGAAAGAGUUUGUAUUGUUUUUUUCUUUUAAUGUCAGUGAAAUUAAUUGACAAGGUACGUUAGACGUAGCAUCGUGACUGGAAAACACGACCGGCUAAAUUGUGGGGUUUUUUUUUUUAACAGUGGGUGUUACAAGUUCCUUUUACAAGUUCAACUUUCAGUUAUGAAUAACUCGAAACAUUGUACAGUAAUGUUGUAUUACUAUAGAUAAUUAGAUGCGAAACUGAAAAUGAUGCUUAACAGUGAGAUCCUUUACAUGUCUGUUCAGAAAUAAGUUCCAAGGAACUUACUCCUAGAUAUGUGUGUAGGUUUGCCUACAUAGUAAUAUGUGAUGUCUGCAUCUUUUAAUAGGAUGUAGUCACAGAUAUAGUAUUGUAUAUAGACAAAACAACAACUACCUUUGAUUAUCCUUUAUAUUUAUUUCUUGUAAAUUAAGUUUAAUAUUCCUUUGUAUAGAAAAAAAAAUAGUUGUGCAGAGUUUGAAACCUUAUUGUAAUUAUAAAUUUAUAUGAAGUGAA